AUGGGCACUGCUUUACGACAUUUGGGCUCAGGGGCCUCCAAUCUUCCAGAUUGUAGCCUGGCGCAUGCCUCUGAAAGUCGAGAUGAUGCAGGGCGCCUCUCCAAAUGUGCAAUGUGUGGCGAAGGCAUGGUGCCCAACAUUCUCUUGGCGACCAUGGAUUUUCCGGAAGGGUUGCCCAUCGUCGGGCGAAGUGAGCUCGUCGAGGCCCGGGUGGUCCGUCUCAAGCGCAAGAUGGCUGGUGAGGCCCAUGCGCAGGACUUGUCAGAAGCCCUACCAUACCUGGAGCUGGAACUCCACAAGCAGCUCGUUCACAAGAUGCGCGUCAUGGGCUUGAACGCCGCGUUCGGUUUGCGCGUGGAGAUCUCCCAUGGAUCGCAGCUUUUACUCGGCGUCGCCACUGCGACGGCGGUCUUGGUCCCAGCACUUCCAAGACCUCCGGUGGUCAGGGCACAGCCCUCCAGAGCACCAGGCGGAAAGGCGAAGCCAACGGGACGAGAUCUUGUGGCGAAGACUCCGACCUCCCUUCGAGUGCCACGGCAGAGCUCCCGCGCCUUCCGAGGAGCCCAGCAGGAAGCAGCCUCAACGGGUCAUUUGAGCCCACCGUCCGCCUUUGGAACGGCCCGCUCCAACCAUCCGCGGGAGAUGCCGCGAGACAACUUCAAGCUCACGUCCAAGCCGGGCAGCGACCGACGUUCCUCCUCCUUCCUGAUGGUUUGCCCCGCUCGCUAUCGCUCACCUCAGAGGGCAUGGAGAAGGUGGCUCCUGAGGAUCACGUGUGGUAUCUUGGGAGAACCCGCCUCCGGCUCUGAGACGUAUCGAGGGGACCGACCAAUGGUUGCAAGCUGUGUCACUUUCCAAGCGGCACGGCCAACAUGCGAAGCGCUGGAACACUUGAAUACGGCAGUGGCCUGUCAUUUGCAAAGGCGGAAGCUGGAUUCGUCUCCCACGGCCGCGGACUCCUUCGAUUGGCCGACGGACAAGCUGCAGGCGCUGCAAUUGACUCAGCUGUCCUUGGGUCGACAAAGGAGUGCCCAGGAGCUCGAGGCGAUACUGAUGAAGGAAAAGAAUCCAGGCUUGGAGCGGGACAACUCAAAGAACCUACGGCACCAGGAUGACCGGCCUCAAUUCCUCUUCGAGGUAGAUGACGAGGCGGAUGAAGAUUUGUUGAUGGUCCUGGAUGACCUUUUGGUGCCGGAUGGCGCGACCCUGUGUACAGUGGAUUGCCCUCCUGAUGGCACGGGCAUUUUCCAAGGACGCGCCCCUGCUGAGGUGGAGCUGGUGGGUCCGACCCACAAGGACGGCUCUUGCUCCGUGGUCUACGGCGUGCGGCGCGUGGAUCUCUUCGAAGACUUGGGCUUGGACAGGAGCGCGGUGAUCGGCAGCGCGGGCGUGGGCUCCGUACAGAUCACCGCCAUGCUGACGAAGCACCUGGCGAAGGUGCUCACGGAGAUGUACGCCUGCAUGCUCUUCCGGGAGAUGGUCCGCCGAGGACCAGCGAUUUGCUGCUUGGCCGCGCUGUCUUGGCGGAUCGCUGUGUUGGAGGAUGAUGUCAUCGAGUUGGUGCUCACCGGGCAGUUGCUCGCCACCAAUGCGGAGCCAGGCAAGAGCACUUCACAGAUCUCACAGCCGUCAAGCCUUCCUUUGCGGCCCUCCGUCGAGCUCCAGGCCUCGCAGCCUGCAGCUGUCCACGCCAUUUCUGAGGGCCCCCGGGGUACAACGACCAAUGAGCUGCUGUGGCACACCUUGCACCUCAAGCAGUUCAGGUCGCAUGAACCUUUGCAAUCCAUUGAGAGUGAGCCGCCCCGAGAUGAAGGAUGUCACAGGCGAAGCGAUCAAGAGUGGGUUCCAGAUGCCAGCGUGGCGGAGGCGGACAAGCCGGUGCUGGUCUCAGCCUUGAGCUCCAUCCCCAACUGCGAGGUCGAGCAAUAUUGCGGUUUCGUCACGGUGCACAUGAUCAAAGAGACGGUCAACGUGACACGGCAGUUUGAAUCCUUGCAGGUCUUCUACCACCAGUUUGUGGCAGAGGCGCUUUUAACUGCCAAGGCUCAUGUCCUCGCCGUGGGUGGUGAUGCUUUGCUGGGCUAUCGCAUCAACAACCUCUUCCUUCGAGAGGACAAGCGCCGCGCUUAUGCGGUGAUCUCCAUCUCGGGGGACGCCGCCAAGUUGGGCUUUGACCCCCUGCCCUCUUUGCGGUAUGGCGGGCUCGCACUGGGCUGGGCGGGCCCCUUUGUUGUGACGGUCAAGGCAGGAGCUCGGGUGAAGGAAUUGCAACGUAUCGAUGCGGAGAAUCAACGCCUUCUCAAGCGCCUGCAAGGUACAAAGGCCGCGGUGAAUAUGUCCAAGCUGGACAAGGAGCACAAGGUCCGUGCCGCGUCCAAGGCGUUACCACCGCCGGCCCGGAUGCCCCGGACGCCUCGGGCAGGUUGGCAGGUGAUCCAGGUCUUGAGGCAAGCCUCUUGCCGCAGCCCACGAGAGUCGAAGCUCGAAGAGCGCGUCGUGCGGCGAGCGGCGACUGGGGUGGAGCUCAUGGGCCCCAAGAGUGGCAGGACGAAGGCACGGAGCAAGCCCAAAGUGGCGCCCACCCGGGCGCCCAAGCAGAGGCCCAGCAAGGCGGCUCGCAGCGACGAGCUCGGUGCGAAGAGCCGCGCGGGGCCGCGGAGACAGCGGAAACGAAAAGCAGAGGAGGCCGAGCCUGAGGAGUUCGAAGAUCCCGACGAGGAUUCCUGGAGCUGUGGCCAUGAUGAGCCUGAGACCGUGUCAGAGGAUGACAGCGAGGAAGCAGAUCACACGGUUCGGACCAGUGAAGCUGGCACGUCCGAGUCCGACCGCGUCUACCGCGAAUUGAUCCAUCGCGGCGCGACGCCAGCGAUCGUGGGCAAGCAGCGAAGAGUCCCCGGCGAGGAGCCGGUGGAGAUGGAGCUGUUCACUCCGGCCGCCGCGCGGAAAGCGCGGCUCCUGCCGGAGGAGCGGUCGUAUCGGAGCCCUUCUUAUCAAAGAAUGCCUUCCUUCAGUUCAUUCUUCAGUUUCUGAUGGCAGCGGCAACAUGGGACGGAGGAGGAUUCCGACCACAGAGGAUUGGUCCAUCAGUGCCAUCAGUGCCAUCAGCGAUGUAGCUAUGGUAAACAGGAUGUGCUUGACAGAUUUGACCGCAUUUCUGUUUGCGGAGAACUCUUGAAGACCAACGAUCUUUGAUCCACCUCCGAUCCGCAACGAAAUCGGCCACUGGGAGCCGGGGUCUCCGGUGCGAAAGUGUCAUGCAUGAAAGACCAGCUUUUUGAAAGCAAGGAACGAUGAUAUCCCAUGAUUCUCCUCACCAUCUCUCAGAUGUCAACUGUGAC